AUGGAGCACCCCGGGUUCUCCUCGGUGACCAUGUCGCACCACCACGGCGGGCAGGUCCCCGGCGGCGGCGGCGUCCAGCAGAUCGGCGGUCUGGCACCGCAGCUGCACGGCGGCCAUGGCGGCCUCCCGCCGCAAUGGUGGCACGGCGGCCUUGGCUUAUCGCCGCCGCAGCUGCAUCCGUCAUCCUUGGAGCACGAGCACGGCGGCGGCCGAGGGGGCGGCGGCGGCGGCUUGGAGCAGUGGCACGCCUGGUGCGGCGGGCACGGGCACCACGGCCGCGGAGGUGGGUACGCGCACGCCCAGCUCUGGGGGUACGGCACCGGGUACGGGUACGUGUACGGCACCACCUUCACUUCCGGUUUGGGCGGCAGCGGCGGCGGCUUCGGCUUCUCCUCCGGCGGUUUCGGCUUCUCCUCCGGCGGCUUCGGUUUAUCCUCCGGCGGCUUUGGCUUAGGCUCCUCCGGCUUGGGCGGCGGCCAGACCUCGACGAUCGAUGGUGAUAUCUUUGACGAUCCUGUCGGCCUUGUAGCAGAUCUUCUUGGAGAGCUUCUCGCCGCUGAACUUGCCGCGUACAAUCACCUUGUUCAGCUUGUCCUCGAACUCCACCUUCUCAAUGCAGAAAUCCUCAGCAGCAGCACAUGA